UCAUGAGAGAUUGGUAUCCUGAUCUACGCAGGUCAAAAUGGGGAAUAAUCCCCUGUGCGUUAAUAGUGACUAGAUGGGCUAUAUCAUGCUGGAUUUAUGUACCUACUUCAACUCAUGCAAGGUGUACUCGUGGUGGUCUGCUGUCAAAUACGCCUGCCCCGCAAUUAUGAUCUGCGAGGUGAAUAUCCAAGUUCACGCGUAGCGACGCGUCUUCCAUCGAAAAGGUAGCGUGAACAAGGCACCACUUGGACUCGAAUCUCAGUACCGGAAGCCACAGCAAUGCCUCCACGACGCCUUGUCAACCGUGUGGGCAGUGAUGUCCAUACAGUACGCUCGAAACCCGAACCAGUCGACUACGAGCCACCAUCGUUCCCUCUCAGCGCACACGCCAUCAACAACAUCCAGAAGUUGAGCAUUGGACGCGAUGUUUCGGAAUUUUCGUCCGCAUACAAGGAUCAAGUCAAGGAGGCCCUGCGAAAUCUGGGUCACAGUGUCUACGACAUGAACGACAGAGUCAAGCAGCAGCAGAGUGCUCUCGCCAAGAUGCAGGCCGACCGCGCGAAACACGGGACAGAGAAAUCGGACGCCGAGGAGGAACUAGAACAACACAUAACGGCGCUUCAGUCGGAAGUUGACGAGCUGACCCAGCGGUCAGAGUCCGCCGUGAGGACAUGCAUAGACCGGAAUAAUGCCAUUGAGGACGAUAAGGCCAUUCUUGGGGACCUGUACACCCAGAGCCACGCCAACUUCCAACAGCGUCGGCACAGAGGAGACGAGGAUGAUUCGGAAGCGCCCGCCGAGAGUGUGCUGACGGCUCUGCAAGAACAGCGCGCGGAGAAGAACAACCACUGGGCCUCUCUGGACAACAGGCGAAAGUAUGCGCAGCACAAUGACUACAUUGCCUUUAAGAAGCUGUGGCACGACGGAGCCGUGGGGGACGAUGGUCCGCCGUUAGCCGACUCGUCCAAGUGGUUCAAGCCCGACGGAGCGCCUGUAAUGGUGGCGCCGGGGGCCUCUCGAGGACCGGCCGACGACGAGUCCGAUGAGGAUAUCGCCGUCGCCCGCGAGGUCGUCAGCCUGAACUGUCCCCUGACCCUCCGGCCACUGAAAGAGCCCUACAGCAACACCAAAUGCAAACACACUUUUGAAAAGGAUGCCAUCAAGGAUUACCUGCGCAAUGCUUCGGGCCAGGUGCAGUGUCCGCAAACCGGGUGCGCCGAGAUCUUCAGCUGGCAAACCUUCCGCGAUGACUUCUACCUCGACCAAGCUGUCCUCCGUAGGAUACAACGGGCAAAGCAGGCAAAGGACAAUGAUGAGAUGGAUGACGACUCCGACGAACAUUAGUAACCAUAUCCGAACGACCAACGGACUGAAAUAAGCCCCGUCGACUGCGUCUGCACAUCUGAGCCACGUCCGCUUAGCAGCAGCCCCGUCUGAUAUGGAUAUACAGCAUGAAUCUGAUCACAAGGACCGGCUUCGCUGGCACUGCAUGGUCUGGGAUAUGGUUUGGCGCCGAAGCACCUACACGGACGGACCAUCGAAACUGUCGAGAAUGGACCUCGCAGGAGUGCGCUGAUCCUGGGACGCAUUGGUGGGUUCACUGGACGCU